AUGUCAAGAAUAGGAACAAAAAAGGAAGCCCUAGUCGCUUUUCCAUAUACUACAUUUUUAGUGUCACUGAUAUGUGUAAGUUUUCCUUUUCAAACCAUAGCUGAGAGUUACUAUUCGGAUGAUACACCACCACCUCCAACUCCAGGGCACAAGAAUAAGUCAUUUCCACCGCCGCCGCCACCAGUUCAGAAACCUACACCAUUGUACAAGAAUAAACCACCUCCACAACCCACUCCAGUUUACAAGUACAAGUAUCCACCACCUCCUACACUAAUCUAUUAUCAUAAAUCACCACCGCGUACUACAGUCUACAAGCACAAGUCGCCCCCAACACUCACACAAAAAUACAAUUACAAGUCACCACCACCGCCCACGCAAAAGUACAAUUACAGGUCUCCACCACCGCCGACACCAAAGUACAAGUAUAAAUCACCACCACCUCCUCCGGAAAUCUACAAGGGUAAUCUAAUUGUCUUGCCUCCUCCUGGUCCGAUAUUUACGCAUCGUCCAAUAUUUAGGCCUCUUCCACCCAAACCGCGGAUAGGUCCAAUCCCCAAACCGCCGAGUCCAUUUUUCAAGCCUUCUCCAACCAAAAGGCCCCCUACUCCAAUAUUUAGACCUCGCCCGAUAUAUAGGCCCCCUCCAAACAAGAGGCCAAUAGUUCCAUACCACCCCACUCCAAUCCCUAAGCCACCAAGUCCAAUCCACAAGACUGGCCCAUUUAAAAGGCCCCCUAGUUCAUUCCACAGGCCCCUUCCAUACAAGAGGCCAAUAGUUCCAUACUUCCGCACUCCAACCCCAAAGCCACCAAGUCCAGUGAACAAGACUGGUCCCUUUAAAAGACCCCCCAGUCCAUUCCAAAGGCCCCCUGCUCCAGUAUUUAGGCAUUUUCCGGGUCCGCCUGUUGGUCCGAUAUACAAGCCCCCUAGGCGAAUUACUCGCCCCCCUGGUCCAAUCUAA